AUGGAGAAGGACUUUCAAGACAUCCAGCAGCUGGACUCUGAGGAAAACGACCAUCAGCUCAUUGGCGAUGAGGAACAAGGCUCUCAUGUGCAGAAUCUUAGGACAGAAAAUCCACGUUGGGGAGGCAAGUGACCUUCCAGGCCCUUUCCACAGCGCCUCUGCUCCAAGUUCCGCCUCAGUCUGCUCGCCCUGGGCUUCAACAUUCUCCUGUUGGUGGUCAUCUGUGUGGUUUCAUCCCAAAGCAUGCAGCUGCAAAAGGAGUUCUGGACCCUGAAAGAAACCUUGAGCAACUUCUCCACCACCACCCUGAUGGAGUUCAAGGCUCUGGACUCCCACGGAGGUAGCAGGAAUGACAACUUGACUUCCUGGGAAACCAUACUGGAGAAAAAGCAUAAGGACCUAAAAGCAGACCACUCCACGCUGCUCUUCCACCUGAAGCACUUCCCACUGGAUCUGCGAACCCUGACCUGUCAGCUGGCGUUCUUCCUGAGCAACGGCACAGAAUGCUGCCCCAUUAACUGGGUGGAGUUUGGCGGAAGCUGCUACUGGUUUUCUCGGGAUGGGCUCACCUGGGCUGAGGCUGACCAGUACUGCCAGAUGGAGAAUGCCCAUCUGCUGGUCAUCAACUCCAGGGAGGAGCAGGAAUUCGUCGUAAAGCACAGGGGCGCGUUUCACAUUUGGAUAGGUCUCACCGACAAGGAUGGCUCCUGGAAAUGGGUGGAUGGGACGGAAUAUAGAAGUAACUUCAAGAAUUGGGCUUUCACUCAGCCAGAUAACUGGCAGGGCCAUGAAGAGGGGGGAAGUGAAGACUGUGCUGAAAUCCUGUCAGAUGGCCUCUGGAACGACAACUUCUGCCAGCAGGUGAACCGCUGGGCUUGUGAAAGGAAACGGGACAUCACCUACUAGGAGUCUGCUCUACUAUGUCUUCGUCACCCCUCCUCCCA